AUGGGAGACGAAGGCAUCGGUGGCUACCUGGGCGAUGCCAAUGAGCAGAUGCCCAUCGUGACGUCGCCGACCUCGCCGGUGGCUCCGCGGGAUGCUGAAGGGGAGCUGGAGCGGUCCUCGGAGGGGGAGCAGAGCGAUCGCCCCUCCGAUGGUGAGUCGGGUGGGGAGGAGUCCAACGACGAACCGAUGGACGAGGAAGUCGAGGACGUGGACGCCUUCGAGGAUCCGGAUGAUGUGGACCGGGAGGAAGUUGGUGUGAAAGACGAGAUCCUGCGCCUGGCCGGUGUGGAACUAGAGGCAGAGGCCGCCCUGGGCGCGGACCGCACGUCGCUCACGGCUGCGGCCGAGCUGGGCUCGGCGCCCGAGGCCGCGGUCCAGGCCUCUGCUGUCCCGACGCCGCAGACGGGGAUCUCCAUUCCCAUGGUGGCCACGCCGCGGUUCGUGCGCAAAGUGCCGGAGGAGGCGGAGCUGCUGUACACCGCGCCUGAGACGCUCUUUGAUGAGAUUGUGAGGGCGGAGGCAGAACGUAUCAGCCAGCCGGAACAGGUGAGGAAUCGCAUCGUGUAUGAUAGCGUGGGGGAUCCAUUCAAAGCGGAGGUUAGCCCGCCGUCCUUCAGUCAGGGGCCUGACGCGCGCCCUGGUGGUGUGGGAUUUCAGCCACGAACUGAACUCAAAUCCCAUCUGGCACCGUACUACACACCGACAGGACCUGACGACCGGACCUUGUUCUUUGAAAGCCGUUUUGAAAGUGGCAACCUUCGACGUGCUGUCCAAGCAUAUGAGUUCGAGUAUGACUUGAUCUUGAACCCAGACUACAACACCAAGUCACACACUCAGUGGUACUUCUUCCGAGUGGGCAACACGCGUCGCGGCCCGCAAUAUCGUUUCAACAUCAUCAACAUGGUGAAACCCACCUCGGUGUACAAUGAGGGCAUGCGACCCCUCCAGUAUUCCUGCAUCCAAGCAUCCAAAGGCAUCGGCUGGGUCCGCUGCGGUGACCGUAUCGCGUACUACCAAAAUGGUUUGCGACGGCAAAAGGGAGCCAACUACUACACCUUGACCUUCACAGUCACUUUUGAUCAUGAUUGUGAUGAGGUCUAUUUUUCACAUUGCUAUCCCUACACCUAUUCUGAUUUGCAAAUGGAUUUGCUGGCGCUCGAAAAGGACCCCAACAUGGUCCGCCGCCUGCGGCGGCGCAAGCUCUGCGACACCCUGGCGGGGAACGCCUGCGAUCUGAUCACCAUCACCUCCUUCUGUAGCGACCCAGCAGCUCUCAAGGCGCGCCGUGCUGUGGUGAUCACGGCACGGGUGCACCCGGGGGAGUCCAAUGCCUCCUGGGUCAUGAAGGGCAUCCUGGAUUAUUUGACUGGUUCUUCGGUGGAUGCGCGAAUUCUCCGGGACAACUUUGUUUUUAAGAUCGUUCCGAUGCUGAAUCCCGAUGGAGUCAUCGUGGGCAACUACCGAUGCUCUCUGGCAGGGCAGGACCUGAACCGCCUAUGGGACGAACCCAGCCGCAAGAUGCAUCCGACGAUUUUCUUUACCAAAAGCAUGUUUCGUCACCUUCUGGAUGAUCGAGAGGUGAUUCUCUUUGUGGACAUUCACGGGCACAGCCGCAAGAAGAAUGUCUUUAUGUAUGGCAACAGUGAAAGCAAUGGCCUGCGAGAGAAGAUCUUUCCGGGCCUCCUGUGUCGCAGCUCGGACUGCUUCAGCUUCGACGACUGCUGCUUCAAGAUCCAGAAGAGUAAGGAGUCCACCGCGCGGGUCGUGGCAUAUCGUGAGUUGGGAGUAGUCAACUCCUACACCCUGGAAGCCUCCUUCUGUGGUGCCGACUUUGGACCCUUGGGGGAACAGCACUUCACCACUCGACACCUGGAAGAGAUGGGCUACAUGGUUUGUGAUGCGAUCCUGGACUUUUGUGAUCCAGAUCAGGGCAAGGUGAUGUUGGUCUGCAAGGAGCUCCAGGUGCUCUUCCCCGACGACGGCAACAGCGACGACGUCUCCGACUCUGAGGACGACGGCAGCGCGGCGCUGCGGCGCAAGAAGCGGCAGGCGCGGAAGGCCACGAAGCAACGAGAGAAGCCCAAGAAGAAGAAGGCGACCAAAAUGAAGGAGGAGGAGGAAGAGGACAAGCGGAAGGAGAAGGAGAGUAAGGAGAGCAAGGAGAAGGCAGGACGCUCCACUUCCAACGUCCGAAAAGUUCGCCAGGAGGAGGACAAGGCCGACAAGGCCGACAAGGCCGAGCGCGAGGACGAGGAGAAGGGCAAGCGCAAGAAGAAGUCGACGACCUCGACUUCGACGACGCGGUCGCGCGCGGCGAAGAGUCGCCCGGUGACCUCCAGGGAUAAGGACAAGACGCCCAAGGAUCGGCCAAAUGAGGAGGAUGCGCUAUCCUAUGCUACCAAGGUCGCCAAGGAUGAUGAAUUCUUUGGCUGA